CAGCCAUAAGUUUGCCAAGAGGUUAAAUUGUAGUUUCGUCCAUAAACUUUAAACCGAAACAUUGUGUAACUGGAAGUCCACACCAAAGCUAAAGAGCGAUUUUCAUCUACAAACAAUAUUGACACGAUGGAUACUCUCAAGGAAUCACUUGCACCAAAAACCUUCAACAAAAUUAGCCAUCUCGCAGUUUUAGUUUGGUUUGUGAUCGGUGCAAUCUUCCUUGGCAUUUUUACUGAAGUGGAAAACACCGAAUCCAGGUUUGAUUUCCGUUGUGGCGGAGCGGAGACCGAAAACACUGACCUCGUCCGUGGAGACUGCUUCCAGCAAUACGAGGAGCAGUACAACAAAUAUGGUGUACCUAUCUAUGGCUUCGUGACCAUCAAUUUCUUCCUCAUUGCACUUGUUUGUGCUAUUUUCUCCCAAAUAGUGAGAAAGACCGUUGAUGAACUAUCGCCAAGCACUCGUAACGGCGACCGUGAGAGCCAGUCGCGCCACAGAGAGAAGCAAAAAUCAACGGGAAAACAGCUUUUCAUCGCUUACUGCUGUCAACUGUCCACAAGACUUGUUUUGGGAGUUCUUUUCAUGAUCCUUCAAACUCAGUUGCUUUAUCCUUUAAGGUUUCCCUAUAAGUUUGACUGUUAUUUAACCUCUGGAACCAAUCAGCCAAGGAACUUAUCUGACGCCGCCCAAAACUCCACUCAGUUUCACAAAUGUAACAAUCAACGAGCGGAAAAGAAAACCUUCUGGAUGUACGCUGUCCUAGCAGUUAAUGGAAUUUAUGUCGCUGGAAUUCUAAUUGAAACCAUCUACAUUUUGUCACGGGCACGCGUAGAAACGAAGUUCAUGAAAAACUCAGAGUUCCUUAAAAUUCAUCUAAAUCCCAACCAUGACAAGUCGUAUCAGGAACCUCAAAAGCAAGAAGGUAGAAUACAGGUUGUUGUAAUGCAGCCAAGAGUUCAUGACAACCUUCCGACGCAACCCGGGUUGCACCCAGAACCUCAGAGGCAAGAUGAUGUUGCCCAAUCGCAGCCACGAGAGCGAGAACACCGUCCAAUCCAAGUCGAAAUACACGUACACCCUCAAAAGCAAGAUGAUGUUAUUCCACCACACCCAAGAGAGCAAGAACACCGUCCGACCAAAAUGGAGUCUUACCAAGAACCUCAAAGACAAAAUGAUGUUGUCCCACUACCGCCACGAGACCAAAUCGGGUCGCAUCAAGAACCUCAACAGCCAGAGGGAAGGAGUGAACAUGAUAUUAUUUCUCCAGUGCAAAGGGAACCCGAACAGCUCCAAAACUCGAAUCUACAACUAUUCAUCGCCGAAACAAAGAAAAUAAUUAAAGAAAAUACCCAACACCUUUUUGAACUCCAACCACCGUUUUUAGGAAACCCAGGCGAGCAAACGGCAGUUAAAUAUUUCACUCUGGAUCAGAUCUACACAAAUCUUGUGGUCGUUCCAAAUAGAGCUACAUAUGACUUUACUGCAAACAGAGAGGAGCAACUCAAAGUUUAUCCAAGGCCGCGCACGGAAUCACAACUUAAAAGCCUGGAAGACCUCCUAAAUGAUAAAAGUAAAAAGGUUCUGAUUGUCGGUCGCCCCGGAAUCGGUAAGACAUUUUGUUGUACUAAACUUCUCAGAAAUUGGGCGUGUAAAGAAGUUUCUGAAAUCCAUUUUGAUCCUGCUUUCUUAAUAAAAUUUAGAAGAUUCAACUCAGACAACCACCUUAGCCUCAGGGAACUGUUGGUUCAGUCAGAGCAUUUUCCUUCAGAUCACCUGGAUGAUGAAGUCUGGAAAUACAUCCUGCAGCACCCUGAAAGUGUACUUAUUCUUUUCGACGGAUUUGAUGAAUUCAAUCACAACGCAAACAUCAUCCAGUGGCCGGCCUCUAGUCCCAAAAGCAUUGAACAGAAGGUGCCUCUCCAAAGCCUCUAUUACUGGCUUGUGACCGGGAAACUACUAAAAAAUGCUUUAAUUUUGACAACCACGAGACCAACGGCUUUGUCGAGCAUCAAACGCCUUCCGUUCGACAAAACCUGCGAAAUUCUGGGCUUCACAACCGAGCAAAUUAAAGAAUAUGUCUCCAGAUUUUGCGGAGAUGACAAGCAAGCAGGCGAAAGACUAUGGCGACACAUCAGCAGCAACAUGAACUUACUUUCGCUCUGUUAUAUCCCCGUGAAUAGCUUCAUCAUGUGCUCAAGUCUGUUCGAAAUAUUGCAGUUCGAAAGUUCCGCUAGUGCUACCCUCCCUUCCGAAUUAACAACCCUUUACAUGAUUGCAGUGACCGUGUUUUACCUUAAACACACAAAAGAAUUCCGCGAUAAUGAGUCCACUCGCGAACACUUAGAUUACAAUAACUUGCCACCAGAAGUGGAGGAGAAAUUCGAGAAACUUGGAAAAGUGGCGUUUGAAGGAAUUAAAAAAGGAAAGCUGAUCCUUGGAGGAAACGAAGUACGCGGGAUGGAAGACAGCGCUCUCUUUCACCGCCUACCCGACUGUCGAAGUGAUGCGUUAAAACGCGAACCACAAUUCUGUUUCAUUCAUCUCACAAUGCAGGAGUUUUUCGCUGCAAGGCACCUAGCGAACAACGUGAGUGAAACAGAAUUGAGGAACUUUGUUACAAAGAACAGCGAGAACGGCAAAUGGCAACUAGUGAUUCAGUUUCUAGCAGGACUAAUGAACGAUAAAGAUGAACUACCGAGCGAAAUUAUCACCGACCUUCUUCCUGUGGAAACUGAAGAGGAAGAACGCUAUGACGACGACGAACAGACAGGGAAUGAAGAGGAAUGGAAAGUAACCUGUUGGCCGACUAAGGACAAAAGAGAUUUGGCAGUGACACUGUGUAAAUGUGUAAACGAAAGUAAAAAGAUGGAAAUCAUAGUCCAAAGAAAGCUACAACAAAUUAACUUUAAUUGUGUAAAUUUUAUUGCAAGUCACCUCACAGCUGUGGAAUGCUCUUCGUUAAUAAAUGUAAUUAAGAAUAUUGAACAAAUUUCACAUUUAGAUUUGAUGGACAAUAACAUGGACUCAUUAGGCUGUCUCGAGAUUGCUAAAUUGUUAAUAUAUUGGAAAUGUCGACUAAGCUGGUUAAACCUCGCAGAGAAUCAACUGACAGACGAAGCAGUAAAGCAUUUAGCUAACGCCAUCACAAACAACAACUGUCAGCUACGCUCGUUAAACCUCUCAGAAAAUAACAUCACAGACACAGGAGCACAGCACUUGGCUGAAGCCAUCACAAACAACAACUGUCAGCUACGCUCGUUAAACCUCUCAGAAAAUAACAUCACAGACACAGGAGCACAGCACUUGGCUGAAGCCAUCACGAACAACAAGUGUCAGCUACACACGUUAAGCCUCUCGUUCAAUUACAUCACAGUCACAGGAGCACAGCACUUGGCUGAAGCCAUCACAGACAGCUGUCAGCUACGCUCGUUAAACCUCUCAAAAAAUAACAUCACAGACACAGGAGCACAGUACUUGGCUGACGCCAUCACAAAAAACAACUUUCAGCUACGCACGUUAAACCUCUCACAAAAUAACAUCACAGACACAGGAGUACAGCACUUGGCUCACGCCAUUACAAGCAACAACUGUCAGCUACACACGUUAAACCUCUCAUACAAUAACAUCACAGACACAGGAGCACAGCACUUGGCUGACGCCAUAACAAACAACGACUGUCAGCUACACACGUUAGACCUCUUAGGCAAUAACAUCACAGACACAGGAGCACAGCACUUGGCUGACGCCAUUACUAACAACAACUGUCAGCUACGCUCGUUAAACCUCUCAUACAAUAACAUGACAAAAGUAGGUAAGCAACAUGCACGUAAUUUAGUGAGCAAGAGUCAGUCUAAGUGUAAGCUAGAUAUUUAAGCCUCGCCAACUCCAAUUAUAAACUGUUUAUAAAAAAAUUAUGUGAACCACUUACAAUUCAAAAUAACUUUGAGUCACACUUUGAGUCAACCAGCUCAGAGACAUUAUCACGACGUAACAACUCAUGAAUGAUAACCAACUAAAUUGGUGAACUGUGAAGCGCUCACAGCAGCGAGAGUAUUUGAACCGGAUCGAAAUGAAGAAAAUUAAACCAAUGAACAUGUUUAUUGAGAGCUAAGGAUGUCAAUCUUUUUUAAACGAACCAAUAACAUUGAAGUAAAAACGCAGAGCUUUAUGCAGAGAACAGACAAACUUCGGACCUCUCAGGAAACGUUGUCAUUUUAUAACAAAUGAUUGGUUAGUUUCGAUCCUAAAUUUACUGCAUGCUUUUGCAUGUUUUGAUCGCUUUUGAAGUUCUUUUGCCGAUUAAUUCAUGGCAGAAUACGUUUGUUUUAAUUUUUAAUUUUUUUAAUUUUAAGGGAAGCGAUCCGGUUCACUUAGUUUCAUACUUACUGCCAAUGAAAUCGUAAAAUAUUAACUUGUCGCGCUUCAAAAACAAAAGCCUUUUUUUGUAGAUUCACGGAGUGAGAUUUAUAUUAUGUCAAUUUAAGCAAUUUUUUGAGGUCUCCGCUGUUGUUGUUAUUAUUAGUGUAGUUUUAACGUAUGGAGGGCCUGCUACUUGUCUGAUAUAAUCAAAUAUCCCUGCAAAACCUGAGAACGAAGCUGCAGACUUCCACAGUUAGGAUUUUAACUUGCCACUACU